GCCCGCGGGGCAUCCCCGGGACUGGGGCGGUGUCGGGAAGCAAGGUGGAAAUCUUUCCUCAGCUCCGGGAGCCGCAGAGCUUCUCGGGCAGCGUGGGCUGCGGGCCCUAAAGGGGUUUGGGUGCAGGGCUUGCACGGGUGGUGUAAGGAGAGGAGAGGGAAGGCGCGCCCCGGGCUGUUGGUUUAGAUGUUGGGUCGGGAGGUGCCGGUGUUUUCUUUAGCGUAGAUCUUGAUAAGAGAACAUGCAAAGCUGCCGUGCCGCUUGUGUCUCUUCCGGACAGAGCUGACAGUGCUAUUCGGAAUUUCUGUGGGCGGUCCGUGCAUGAAAUGCGUAAAUUCUGAUGCAGACUCCUCCUCUCCUUGCACUUGGACCUCCAAGGAAGCAGGAAACCUGACGGUUCUGCUUUCAGAGUCUUCUUGUUUUUAGGCCAGGUCAUUCUGCCAGCUUCUCCCAGCCUGCCUGGCCGGUUUAAAACGCACUGUGCACACGUAGAAGCAAGCUGCAGGUACCACUGAAGGUCUAUAGACUUAGAGAAGGCUCGGAAGCAUGGAAGGCCUCUGUGCAGCCAACACGACUUUUGCAGUGGACCUGUUAAGGAUGCUGUGUGAGAAGAAAAGUGGGCAGAAUGUGUUCUUUUCGCCCUUUAGUAUUUCUUCUGCUUUGUCUAUGGUUUUGCUGGGUUCAAAAGGUAGCACAGAAGCCCAAAUAAGCAAGGUGCUUUCUCUGAGCAGCACCCAAGAUGCUCACAAUGGGUAUCAAUCCCUUCUCUCUGAAAUUAAUGAUCCGAACACCAAAUAUAUCCUCAGAACUGCGAACCGUCUCUAUGGAGAAAAGACCUUGGAGUUUCUCCCAUCUUUUAUAGAGUCAAGUCAGAAAUCCUACCAUGCUGGCCUGGAGCAGAUGGACUUCCAGCAUGCUUGGGAGGAUUCCAGGAGGCAAAUCAAUGGCUGGGUAGAGGAAAGGACUGAAGGUAAAAUUCAGAACCUGUUGGCAGAGGGGAUUCUGAAUUCUCUGACCAGACUUGUGUUGGUGAAUGCCAUCUAUUUCAAAGGCACCUGGGAAGAGCAGUUCAAAAAACAGAGUACCACAGAAUGGGAAUUCCAAAUUAAUAAGAAUGAGACCAAACCUGUGCAGAUGAUGUUCAAGACGGCACGUUUUAACAUGACCUACAUUGGGGACUUCCAGACCAAAAUCCUUGAGCUCCCGUAUGUGGGUAAUGAACUGAGCAUGAUCAUCCUGCUCCCUGAUUCAAUCCAGGAUGGAUCCACAGGCUUGGAAAGACUGGAAAGAGAGCUCACAUAUGAGAAGUUAAUAGAUUGGAUCAAUCCAGAAAUGAUGGACUCUACAAAGGUGCGGGUGUCUUUACCCAGAUUUAAACUGGAAGAAAAUUAUGAUCUGAAACCCCUUCUGAGGAGCAUGGGAAUGCUGGAUGCAUUUGAUUCAGGGAAGGCAGACUUUUCAGGAAUUUCAUCUGGCGACCAGCUGGUGCUCUCUGAAGUGGUUCACAAGUCCUUUGUGGAAGUCAAUGAAGAAGGCACUGAAGCAGCUGCUGCCACAGCUCUAGUGAUGAAUCGCUGUGCAAUGAGAGUUCCGGAAUUCACUGCAGAUCAUCCUUUCCUCUUCUUCAUCCGGCACAACAAAACUUGCAGCAUUUUGUUUUGUGGUAGAUUUUGCUGUCCCUAAGGAGGAGGUGUCUUGGCAGCAUUGCAUUUAUUGUUCCAUGACACAAUAAAUUUACAUUUCCCUGGAACAAGACGACUCCUUUUGCACUAAUUGUCUCUUUCAGCUGUGCCUGAACCCUCUUCUGUGGCCUUGGUCUUGGGCUUGGCAGGAAUAACAGAGCUGCUUAGACAAGCACAGCACCUGCCAUGUCCAACCCCUCCUGUGCCUGGCUGCAGAGGUCUCCAGGUUCUUGCUGACACAAGAACCAUCCCACUUGCUCUGUGGGCGCUUCUUCUGUGCUUGACCUUGCCUUGGGUGUCCAGCGGGCAGAGUCAGGUGGUGACAGCCCAUGGGGGAGAAGAAGCUCCUCUUGCUUGUGACAAGGCUGGAGCACAUUUUUAGUUGCCCUCCCCUUUUACCUUCCAGUCUCAUCCCUUUAGUGCCUUGAUCCAUUGCCUGGAGCUGAAGGGAGUGUUUGGCAGCCUGUUCCAGGUAUUGCUGAGUAUCCUGCCUAGAUGUGUGUGUUUGGCUAAUAACUGGAGAAGCCCUUUGGCAAGAAUGGGAAUGAAAGUAUGCUUUUGUAGCCGAUGUCCCUGAGAGGUUUCUGCAGGGCAAGUAUCGUUGUUUCAUCAGCCCAGGACACCAGGAUUUCUUCACUGUCACCUGGUUCUGGUCCUUUAACAAAGAAUGUAACAUAAUGGUGCAUGGUGCCUAUGCAAUAUUUGAAUGACAAAGCCUUGACUUUAGUUUUUGUUUUUUCGGUAUUGUUACAUAUUUAUCCUAUCACUAUUUUCUUAGGCAGCAGAGUUUACCUAUCUAACACCAAAGCCAGAGCUGCAACUGCUUUCCUUACUUUGGGUUGUGCUUUGUGAGUCCUGUUCCUGGAAUAAUAAAAGAAGUGCAAGCGCUGCA